UAUGCCAUUAGACCUCCAAAACCGAAGAACAUCUUUCCCAAAGGUCACGACGUCUCCCCUCGAUUACCAUCAGUAAAUACUUAUCUUCCCUUAAAACAUUCCAGAAAAGGGACUCUCCCCGAAGUAAUUAGCUUCCGUCACAGUAAGAAAUCUGGAUUCCUCCUCAUUAAUUUAUACUACGGGCAAUUAGAAAAUGGAAUCCUGGAUUGCAGCUAUGGCGCGCCGACGAGGACCAUCGGGAGCGUGCACGGACCCGAGGUCAAUCCGAAAUCGCUUUAUCAGACGAAUCUCGAUGGACAUGGAACGCACAGUGGAUGGAAAAACAGCACUUACGGGAUGACGCAGUACGCGCCUAAUGCGCCACCUUGUUUCAACGAGGAGGCCACGUUUUUGUGCCAUGUGAAUCAUUCCGAACCGUGCCAGGAGUCUAAUACCAACUUGAUGGGCCUUUUGCUGGCCCUCACGGUGCACUCGAUCCUCGAGGGACUGGCGAUCGGUUUGCAGAAAGCCAUGUCAGAGGUAUUACUUUUGGUGGGAGCAGUGUCCUCCCACAAGUUCGUCGUCGGUUUUUGUUUAGGAUUGGAGCUAGCAGGCGCCAACAGCAGCCUUUGCAGGCUACUUUUAGCAAUUUUCUUUUUCUCCAUCGGGUCUGCAAUCGGAAUAGGAAUCGGAAUGAUAACGCUCCGCUUGGACAAGAGCUGGAUGGACUUCGCCUUUCCGUUUUUGCAAGGUUUAGCUGGUGGCACGUUGCUCUACGUGACAGUCAGCGAGAUACUUCCCAGAGAGAGGGCAAGAUGGCAUAAGAGCGAGCGACGUUACGCGGGUAUUUUACAGUUCUUCUCCGCGUGCGUUGGAUUCACUUUUAUUGCGCUCUUGAACAGCUACUUGGCCACGUGAACGCUUCUCAGGCUAUUAUUCAAAGUUCACAGAAAUUGUCCGUAAAAAGAACUCGAAUGGAAUGGAACAAUGGACUGCGAGGAACUGAAAAACAAAAUAAAAAAGAAAUAGACAAAACAUAGGAAGCUUCCCAGAAAUAAAUUUGCUCGCGAAGCUAUCUCUGUUCGUGUAUAAAUACGAGACACUAGUACCUACAUGUGACGGCUAUUGGGAAUAUCGUGUCGGACGGAAAGAGAGAUAGGGUGGAGAGAAAUACGUAUUUUAAACAUUGUACAAAAAUAGAACCAUGCAUCGGAAUCGAUACGACGUUUUAGUCCGCGAUCAUCCCUUUUUUCCUGUCCGUUUACAGUCUGCUCUCCCCGAGUCAAUUUGACCUACGUCGAACUUGUUUUUAAACUUACAAUCUUUAACGAUUAUUAGAGCAGGGUUAAUAAGGAUAAUUGUAUAGAUAAACUGAUUUGCUCGUUCCCUCUUCAUUUUCAGAGAUACAGUAGUCUGGUUAACAGGUGUGCACUGUGUCAAAGGGCCAGCCAUCUCUUGAACCUGUAUUAAACAAUUUUUUCUUCAAAAGCAAUUCACCCAAUAAAAGAUCAGCUUACUGGC